CACGGGAAGAAGAAAAAAGAGCGCUGGCCCAGAAUUUGCUGGCCAGGCGAAGCUCUCUUUGAUCUCCACAUUUUUCCACACUUGAACACGCUUCUCCUCUACACCCUCUUUAAUUUCAAAACGACUUGUAAUCCCUAGACGCUUCACAUACAAUGGCAGAUGCGCAGGCGGAAAUGUUCAAGUACUUUGAGCCGACGGUGCAGUGGAACAAUUUGCAGCUGUCGAACAUUCAUACGUUGGCGUCGUGGGGCAUUGGCACAGCGGCGGGCGUGCUCGGGCUGACCGGGUGGAACGGGUUCAUUUUCUUUCUGCUGAACUGGGUGUUUCUGUCCACGCUGGUGUUCUUUGUCAAGUGCCAGGGCAAGCCGGCCGUGUUCUUCAAGUCGAGCGCUAUGGAUAUUGCGGUGACACCGAUCAUGAACACCAUGCUGUCGUAUGUGCUGGUGUGGACCCUUAUGCACGCUUUGGUGUACAUUUACGAUUGAGUGCGCGCUAAAUAUCUUUCAACGUCGAACCGAUAACUAAAUCAAAACUACACAAUUUCUAUACCUGCGA